AUGGCCGUUCGGGGCCUGGCGGUAAGAUGCUCUUUGCGACUGAUCCAAGAAGGUCGGAUCGACCUGGGCAGAGGAGGAGGUGCUCUGAAGGCAGACUGGGACUCUCCGGACGGGAUUGGAAGCGUCGAAGCGGAAAGCCGGGAUUCACCCACUGUGCCUGCCGUCCUGACUGAGCCCGACCCAGGAGAGAGUGUCGAGGAACCCCCUGCUGGGGAGAAUGGCCACCACGACCUUUUGCAGUACCUCUCCGCCAAGAAGCGCAAAGAUCUCUCUCUCCUGCUCCUGGAGCUGCAGGAGGCUCAGGAAGAAAUCGCCUUUCUGAAAGGGCAGCUGCAGGACUCCGGCGGUCCUGCCCUCGAGGGAGACGCUCAGCUGGCAAGGAAAUCUCAGGGCAGUGGUGCUGAGGAAGGGGGACAAGGAGAAGAGGCAAGGCUCAUCCAGAGCCAUUCAAGUAGCAGUUCGUUAACGACCGUGGAAAUUCCAGAGGAGACACCUCCCGUGCUGGAGCUGGAGAGCCUCCCGGCAGAGGGUAGCCAAGCACUUCCGGAGACUCCCUUGGCCACUGCGUCACAGCCCCAGGAGCCGCUCGGAAACGCAGAACCCCCCAGCAGCUGGCCAGAAGCAGAGGAAUGCUGCAAGGAGGACUUGGAGAAGAAGGCCGCUGAAAUCGAGAGGCUGCAGCGGCUGCUGGAGGACUCCGGCGUCGCCUUGAGCACUCUGACCGCCGAAAGAGACCAGCUGCUGUCGCAGGUGAAGGAGCUCUGCUCCCCGGCCGAGCUGAAGGAGCAGGUGAGGCAGCUGGAGGGCGACUUGGCCGACGCGGAGAAGCAGCGCCUCUCCGAACACGAGAGCGGGCUCUCCCAGCUCAGCCUGCUGAAGGAGCAGAUCCAGAGCCUGAAGAACGAGGCGGGAUCCAAGGAGGUGAAGAUGGAGGGCCUGCAGAAGGACCUGGAUGAAGCGCAGCGCCGUCUCGCGGAGCAGGACCCGCUCAUCGCCAGCCUGGAAAGCCGGCUGCGGAAGGAAGAGCAGGACAGGCGUGCCUUGGCAGACCGCUUGCGGGAAGCCUCUACCGAGGCUGAAGUCCUCGCCCAAAGCAACCUGUUGAAGGACACGGAGGCCGACAGGCUGCAGAAGCUCCUCUUGGAGAGGGCCUCCCAGGUGGAGCGGCUUCGGGCGGCGGUGGCGGAGCGGGAGCAGCAGCUGGCGGAAGUCACCACCAGCAUGUCCAACCGGAUGGUGCAGCUGAACGAGGAGAAGUUCACGCUGGGGAAGGAGCUGAUGGUCCUUCAGCAGCAGCUCGAUCGGUUCCUGCGAGGGAAAGAGACGAGGGACCUGGGCGUGGGCCCUUGUGAGGAACCCGGACAGCAGGCUGAGGCGGGGAGCUCAGCCGGAGAGGAGCUGGAGGCCCUCAGGAAGGAAAACGAGCACGUGAGGAAGAAACUGCAGGCUGCCCUCGUCAGCAGGAAGGAGCUUCUGAACAAGAUCCGCAUGAUGGAGAAGCCGCCGGACAGCGGGGAAGGGCAGCCAGAGGAGCCCAAAGACCUGGAGAUGAAAGAGAGUGCAGCCGGAAGAGGAGGAGAAGAACCCUGUGAGACCAGUGGAGAUGCAGGAGCGGAGGUGUCUCCCAAAAGCGAAGGCCAGCAGGUUGCCUCCCCGGGCCGGUCGCUCUCUGCCAAGGAAGCUGAGGUGCAAAUCACAUGCAGGGAAAAGGAACCUGCCGUGGCUGAGUUGCAAGCGCUGAUUGCAGAACUGCAGCGAAGCCUGCGAGAAAAGGACGUCCUCGUAGGGACCCUGGAAGCUGAACUGGAGGGCCACACAAAGCAGCAGGCCCUAGAAAGUCGCCCCACUGACUCCGACCCAGAGGAGCAGCGGAGGUCUGCCCUGGAGGAGAAGGUCUGUGCUCUGGAGCAGGAGAAGGAGCAGCUCCAGAAGAAGCUCCAGGAGACGGUGGCCUCCCGCAAGGGAACCAUGAAGAAAGCCCAGGAGAAGGACCGUCACCACCGAGAGCAGCUGAAGCAGCAGAAGGAUGACUACAGCCUCCUCCAGGAGCGGUAUGAGGAGCAGAGCAGGGAGAAGGAGAGGAUCCACAAUCAGCUCCGGCUGCUGCAGGCCCAGGUGGAGAUGCUGGAGAAGCCCUCUGUUUCUGAGCCUCGCACAGAAGCUCUCCCAGAAGGAGCUCCGCAGGUGGAGGAACCUGACUGGGAGCUACCUGCAGGCUCCGAAAUGGGAAGCUUCAGCCCGUUGGCUGAAGGCGUUGCUGUUGAACAGCUCAAAGCGGAGCUAGAGAAACUCCGAACUGAGAAAGGGGAGUUGGAAGUUCAGCUCCACCACCUGGAGGGAGAGCUCCAAAGCAAGUCGGAGGCAGUUCUGCAGCUCCAGGAGCAGAUGGGACAACUGCUGGCUGAGGCAGAGGCGGCAAAGGCAGCUUCUGAGCAGGCCAAAGCAAGCGCGACAAGCCUUCGGGCAGAGCUGGAGGAGAGCCGAGCUGAAAUGGCCAGGAGGGAGAGCCUGAGGCUGCAUCAGAUGAGUCUAGAAGAGCAAAAGGAACUGGCGAGCAAAGAAGAAAUGGAAGCUCUGAACCGCCAGCUGGCAGAGAAAGCAGAGUCCCUGCAGAACCUUCAGGCCCAGCUGCAGGCACGAGAGGAGGCGAUGCAAGCCCUCCAAGGGCAGCUGGAGCUCCAGGCCAAAGAACAGACCCAGCAGCCUCAAGCUGAGCUGGCGGAAACGCAGCAGAAAGCGGCAGCGGAGGACUCUUCGAGGGCCCAGCUGCAGAGAAAGCUGCAGGCCGCGCUCAUCUCCAGGAAGGAGGUGCUGCGAGAGAGCAGGCUGCUGCAGGAGGAGCUGGCUGGCACCAAAACCGCUCUGGAGGGCGCCUCCCACCGCUUGUCGGCGGCGGAGAGCCAGGCCUCUGCCCUGGAGAAGGAGAAGGGGGCCCUUCUGGAGAAGUUGGAGGUCAUGGCCAAGGAACGGGGGAAGCUGAUCGCCGAAGUGGACAAAGCCCUCGCGGAAAACCAGAACCUCUCCAGCUCCUGCGAGAGCCUGAAGCUGGCCCUGGAGGGGGUGACGCAGGAGAAAGCCCUGCUGGAGCAGGACCUCGACGCCCUGCGGAAGUCUCAGGCCGAAGAGCUCUCCGAGUGGCAGCGGAAGCUCGGGGAGCUGCAGAGGGAGUACGAGACCCUCCUGCAGUCCUACGAGAACGUCAGCGACGAAGCCGAGCGGGUCCAGAGGGUGGUGGAAGGCGUCCGGCAGGAGAAGCAGGAGCUGUUCAUGAAGCUGAAGGGGGCGGAGGCGGAGAAGAGGGAGGCAGAAGCGCGGCUGCAGGGGGCUGAGCAGGAGAUGGAGGGGAUGAGGGAGAAGAUGCGCAAGUUCGCCAAAUCGAAGCAGCAGAAGAUCCUGGAGCUGGAAGAGGAGAACGAGCGCCUGAGGGCGGAGGCUCUUCCCACGGAAAGGGGCCCGAGCCGGGAGGAAGAGUCCAGUGCCGUUCUCCAAGAAGAGCUAGAAAAGUCCAAGGACGACUGCCGGACCUUAUCCAGCCGACUGGAAGCUCUCGGUGCUGAGAAGGACUCGCUCCGUCAAGAGAUCUGGAGCCUGAAGGAGCAGCUGCAGGGCCAGGAGACGGGGAAGAGUGACACGCAAGACGAGGCCACGGUGGAGGAAAAGGCAGCCGGUUCCACGUUGGGGGCAGCCACGGCGGCAGCCGAAGACCAAGCGGACUCAGCCAGAGCUUCUGAAGCUUUUAAUGCCGAGGGGGAAGAGCGCAAGGCCGACCCUUCGUGCGACGAAAUAAAUGGCUACAUCCAGCAAGUGGGGCAGCUCACCGAACGGGUGGCCCAGCUGGAGGAGAUGAGGGAAGCGGAAGCUGAGAAACUGGGCAGGGUUUUGGCGGACGUGGAGGCCCUGGCGGGAGAGAGGAAAGGCCUGGAGGAGCAGCUGGCGGCGAAAGCCCAGGAGCUGGCAGCUCUGCGGGAAAAGGCUCUCCGGGUCGAGCAGGUGGAAGAGCAGCUUGCUGGAAUGGCGGGGCUGAAAGAAGCCCUGGAAGCCGAGAAGGACGACCUAGAGGAAAGGCUCAUGAACCAGCUGGCGGAGCUGAACGGGAGCAUCGGCGACUACCAGCAAGACGCCGCGGACCUGCAGAGCCAGAACCGGCGGCUCCUCGCAGAGGCGGAGGUUCUCCGGCACUCGCUGAGCCGGCUGGAGGAGGAGAAGAGGCACCUGGUGCGGGAGAAGGCAGCCGCGGAGGCGGAGAGGAAGGAGCACGUGGAGAAGCUGCGGAGCGCCCGGAAGGGGGACGGCGAGCGCAAGACGCAGGCGAAGGAGCUGCAGGAGCUGCUGAAGGAGAAGCAGCAGGAGGUGCGGCAGCUGCAGAAGGACUGCAUCAAGAGCCAGGAGAAGGUCAGCAGCUUGGAGAGGACCGUAAAGGCCCUGGAGUUUGUCCAGAGCGAGUCCCAGAAAGAGCUGGAGGCCGCCAAGAGGAGCCUGGCCAAGGCGGGAGGCGACACCGCGAAGGCCCGGGCCGAGCUGAGCACCUGCCGGGUCCUGCUGGACGACACCCAGAGCGAGGCUGCCCGAGUCUUGGCCGAGAGCCUGAAGGCCAAAGAGGAGCUUCAGGCCAGCCAGGAGCAGGUCAGAGCCCAGCUGAGGCGCCAGGAAGAGGAGCUGGAGCGGCGGCUGGAGGAGGAGAAGGGCAAGCACGCCAAGGAGCUCAGGAACCUGGAAGAGACGCUGGAGGCCCGCCGGCAGGAGCAGGCCCUCUCGGAGGGGGCUUUGCGGGGCCUUCAGGAGGCCCUGUCCCAGAAGGACCGGGACGCCCAGCAGCUGCAAAGCAGCCUGAACCGAGCCCUGGCCCAGCUGGCCGCCUUCAGCCGCAGCAUGUCCUCCCUGCAGGAUGACCGGGACCGGGUCAUCGACAAGUCCCGCGAGUGGGAGAGGAAGUUCAGCCAGGCCAUCGAGAAGAAGGAGCAGGAGGUGCGGGCCAGGGAGGAAGACUGCGCUGCUCUGGAGGGUCAGCUGAAGCAGGCAGCUGCCCAAGUGGAGGAACUGCAGAGUCAGAUUGUCAGCCUGAAACGCAGCAAGUCGGCCGGGGAGUCCCGCUCUCGGAAGGAGAUUCAGCAGCUGCAGAAAGAGACGGAGCGACUGGGGAAGGAGAACGAGACGUUCGCGCUUCAGCUCGAGGAAGCCCGGCGGUCGCUCGGCGACGCCCAGAGUCAGCUCCAGAAGCAGAAGUCGGAACUCCAGGGCCUGAGAGAGCAGCUGGCUGAACUGGAGGGCUCCUUCGCAGAGUGCAAGGAAGCACGGGAAGAAGCCGAGGCGGCGGCGAAACGUCAAGAGGCCGCCCUCCGGGAACGCCGAUUCCGCCAGGAGCAGCUGGAGACGGACUUGCGCUCCUCCAAGGAGCUGACGGACAAACUCCACGAAGAGAUCAGCGGCAAGGAGCAGAGGAUCGUCAGCCUUCUGGCUGCCCGGGAGGAAGCCGUCGCUGCGGCCCUGUCGGAGUCCCAGCGGCGGCACGAGGAGGAGCUGAAGGCGAUGGAGAGCAGGAUGGCCGAGGCGGUGGAGGAGCGCGCGGCCUCGGAGGACGAGAGGAGGAAAGCCCUGGAGAAGGCGGACCGCCUCCUGGAGAAGCUGAAGAGCGCCCGGGAGGAGAGCAAGAAGCACAAGGCCCAGCUGGACUCCUUCACCAAGUCCAUGUCUUCCUUGCAGGACGACCGGGACCGGGUCCUGGGAGACUACCAGCGGCUGGAGCAGGGCCACCUAUCCGGCAUGCUGGAGAAAGACCGCCUGAUCCAGGAGGCGGCGGCCGAGAGCAACCGGCUGAAGGAGGAGAUCCGGGGCCUCCACGGCCGGAUGGACGACCUCCACGCUGAGAACGCCAAGCUGGACGCGGAGCUGAUCCGCUACCGGGAGGACCUCAACCGGGUCAUCGCCAUCAAAGACGGCCAGCAGAAGCAGCUCUCGCGGGCCCAGCAGGAGCGCAUCCAGGCCUUGGAGGAGGAGAAGGCGGGCGCGGAAGCCCUGCGGAAGGAAGCGGAGCAGUCCGCGGAGGCCCUGGGGCGGGAGAAGCGCCGCCUGGAGCAGGAGGCGAAGGGCCUGCGGGCCUCUCUAUCCCAGCUGCAGGGGGAGGUGGCGGCGCUGCAGGAAGGCGGGCCCCUGCUGGAGCUGCAGGCGCGGCUGCAGGCCCAAACCGAGGAGGCGCAGGAGCUGAGCGGCCGGCUCUCCCUCGCGCAGCAGCGGGCGGCCGAGCUGGAGGAGGAGCUGAGCCAGGCGCGCCAGGCCGCGGCCCGGCAGCUGCGGGAGGCGGAGGCCGCGACGGUGAAGGAGCUGCGGAGCCUGCGCCACGACGCCGGGCUCAUGCGCAACGAGGCCGAGACGGCCGAGGAGCGGGUGGCCGAGCUGGCCAGGGACCUGCUGGAGACGGAGCAGAGCCUCCUGGCGGCCGCCGAGGAGAACCAGGACUUGAAGGCCCAGCUCCAGUCCUUCGGGAAGGCCAUGAGCUCCCUCCAGGACAGCUGGGACCAGGCCAACGACGAGCUGCGCGCUGCGGAAAAGAAGCACGCCGCGGCCUUGGAGGAGCAGCAGUCGCUGGUCCGGAGCCUACGGGAGGAGAAGGCCGAGCUGCUGGAGGAGCAGAGGACUCUGGGCCGGGAGAGGGCCGCCCUGGCCUCCGAGCUGGCCGCCCUGCGGGCCUCCGUUGAGGAAAAAGGCCUCCAGGCCCAGCAGCUCCCGGCCAAAGAGGCCGAGCUCCUCCGCCUGACCUCGGAGCUGGAGAGGGCCUCCGGCCAGGUGAAGUCCUUCUCCCAGGCCAUGGCCAGCCUGCAGGAUGAGCGAGACCGCCUGCUGAGGGAGCUGGACAGGAGCCGCAGGGAACACGAAGUCAAGCUGCAGUCGCCUCCGGCCGCUUCCGUCAGCCUCGCCGAAGCCCAGAGCCUCCGGAAGGCCCUGUCCGCUCUGCAGAACGACCGGGAGCAGCUGGUGAGUGUCAAGUUGGUGGUGCUGGUGGUUGGAUUUUUAUUAUUUAUUAAAUUUAUGAAUCGCCUCAUCCCAACCGAUGCCAGGCUCGAGCUGGCAGAGCUGAAGACCCUGCAGCAGCAGGCGGGGCCAGACACGGCCGAGGGGACGCGCCUGAAGGCCCAGCGGCAGGACCAGGAGCAGCUGAGGCGGGAGCUCAGGGAGGAGAAGGCAACGUGGGAGCCGGGGACCAAAGAGCAGCCGCUGGGCCGCAUGCAGACGGGCCGUGAGGGAGACGAGGACCAGCCUGCCCCCGCUGGAGGAGGAGCAGCACCAAAGACAGAAAAGGGAGAUGCCCACGAUUUGGCUAAGUGGGCCGCCCUCCUGCCAGGCUUCCACCGUGUAGUUGCUCCCAUGGGGAAGCCUCGCUCUGCACACUCCCGUCUGGACUGCGAGGGCGAGCUGCACCCAAGUUCCUGUUUCGGCAUCACCCAGCUUCCUUCCUCUCCUGUAAGCCAGUCUCCCCCGGAGCUUUGCAGCAAAACCACCCCCGUCACGUGA